AAAUUCUAGGGCCGAUAUCUAUUGAUCACAUGGUCUAGAUGUGCACUCACUCACAGAAUAUUGCGCCCCAGUUGAAUUUCCAACUUCAAAACCCUUUUCUGAGUGUAGAAAGUGAGAGAAACUCUGGUGCAGUUUUCAAUUGUUCAGAGGUACAGGAAUGGCUUUUAUGAACAGAGUUGGCAACAUCCUGAAACAAACUGUCACCAAGCAUGUUACGUCCGAACUCUCUGCCCCAAAUGCUUCACUUUUUCAGGCAAUAAGAAGCAUGUCAUCAUCUUCAAAGCUCUUUGUUGGAGGCCUCUCAUACAGCACGGAUGAAAUGAGUUUGAGGGAAGCUUUCUCCCAGUAUGGAGAAGUAGUUGAAGCUAGGGUUAUUUUGGAUCGUGAGACUGGUAGGUCACGGGGAUUUGGCUUUAUUACUUUCACUUCAAGUGAAGCUGCUUCCAGUGCCAUCCAGGCAUUUGAUGGCCAGGAUCUACAUGGGCGAAGAAUUAGGGUGAAUUAUGCGACCGAGAAACCUCGGGGUGGGGGUUUUGGAGGUGGAUUUGGUGGUGGUGGUGGUGGUGGUGGAUUCAAUUAUGGUGGUCAGGGUGGUAACUAUGGUGGGGGUGGAUAUCAGGGUGGAGGAUAUCAACGUGGCGGGUUUCCUGGCCGGGAACUUCCGUUCAGUGGAGGCAGUGGUUUGGGCGGCAGCAACCAGUAUGCCAGUGGAGGCGGAGGUUUUGGCAGCGGCAACCAGUAUGCUGGUGGAGGCAGUGGAUUUGGUGGUGCUGACAGUUAUACUAGUGGAGGAGGCGGCGGGUAUGGUGGUGGUGAUUCUGUGCAAGGUGUUGGAAACUAUGGUGGCAGUGACGGUAAUUUCUCUGGAAGUCAAGCUGGCUUGUCUUCUAUUUUGAAUGACGAGACAACUAGGAUGAGCGAACAAAGCCAAGAUUCCUUGGUUGGUAAUCAAGCAGCUGGAAAUGAAGAUUUUGGGCAGGGCAUGUUGGACGAAAACAACAGGGAUGAUAAUGAUGAGCCAAAUGAUUAUGCGAAUACCAGGGGUUGAAUCAUUCCGGAACUAGUAGAAAAUGCCAUUAUAUUGCGUCUUUUGCAUUGUGAACAUGAGGCAAUAAUUUUUCCUUUGGGUCCAGUAUUAUGUGCUUUUGCUAUUGUGCUUUUCACCGCUGGUGCUGUACCACUCGACUUUCUGCUCGCAAAGUGAUUCUUAAUUCUUAGCAUAAAUACAGGUCAACCGCAUACAUUGUGGAUUUUACU